CCCGAACAGAUGGUAUCACAACACGCGGAGUAUUCAAACGAAAAUAAACAUCAAUCAAAAAUUAUAGCCUCAAAAUGAAGUGUAUUCCAUUGUUCGCAGCUUGUGUUGCCAUUUUAGCUGUUGCUUCGGUAACAGAAGCUCAACCGCAACGAGUUUAUGUACAAAAAUUGCCAUAUUAUCCACCUCCCACUCAGGCACCUCGAGUCAUGAGAGCUCGUCGUUCUCCCGAUAAUCCCGCAGCAAACACUGGCAUCCAAAUUAAAACCAAUUCGGUGAGCAGCAACAUACUCAAGACCCCUUCGAACAAAGUGGAUGGUACCGUAACCCAAAGUAAAACCUAUUUUCCCAAUGGACAAUUUUCGGAAUCCUCAUCGGGUUCUUUGGACUGGAAGAACUCCCUGGGCGUUGGUGGCUCCCUGGGUCGUGACAUUACCAAGGGUCACAGUGACACCUUUACCAAAUCAUUGGGUGUCAACAUCUUCAACAACGACAGAAACAGUCUGGAUGCCAUGUAUUCACAGUCGAACACAAAACUGAACAAUGGUUUUGGUUUCAAUAGAGAAGGUGGCUCGCUGAAAUGGACCAACGAAGGUGGACAUGGUCUGAAUGCUGGUGUUACGCGUUUUGAAGGUUUCGGCAAACAGGCUUCUGUUGGUGGUCACACAAAUAUCUUUACCUCCAAUGAUGGUAAUACCCGUCUGGAUGCAUUUGGUUCGGGUUCGAAGUGGUUAAAUGGUCCAUUGGAAAAUCAUAGGGAGUUCAAUUUCGGUAUUGGUGGCAGUCAUUAUUUCAGAGGUUAAGUUUGAGAAAUAUAUGAUCUUUAAAAAUUAGUAAUAAAAAUAAAAUAUUUAUUGAAGUGUAACAAAAUAAAGAUUAAAUUAAAAUAUUUUUAAUAUUGAUAGGGUAUCAUUAGAAUGAUUGAGAUGUUAGAUCAAAAUAUUAACUUUAAAAAUAAAAAAUAAUUUAAAAAAAAAAUAU